AGAAAGAGAAAAAGAAAACGAAAUUUCCGGAAAGGAAAGUGCCGAGAAAGUUAAAAAACACAAAAUUGAAGAACAAAGAACAAGAAGUCGCACUUUCUCUGAGUCUUGGGUUUUCUCGGAAAAUAUAUAUCUCCGACUAUUUUUCUCGGAAAACUAACAAGUUUUAUACGCCUCUCUUGUUGUUUCCUUCUAUUAAUUCUUACCUAUCCUCUAUACAAGCAAGGUCUCUGUUACUUUUCUGUUCCUAAUAAGGGCAAUUGAUUGCGAGGAAUUUAGGUAGAGAGAAAGAGAGAGAAAAAAUGAUGCUAUCGUCUUCCUCUUCUUCUUCAGCUAAUGUUCGAGUCCUGAAGGCGACGAGCGAUCUUCUAAAUGGACCUGAUUGGACUAUGAACAUCGAUAUUUGUGAUUCCAUCAAUUCCAAUCAUUGGACUGCAAAAGAUGUUAUUAAAGCUGUGAAGAAAAGGUUGCAGCAUAAGAAUCCUAGAGUUCAAUUACUUGCCUUGACGCUUCUGGAGACAAUGGUGAAGAACUGUGGUGAUUCUGUGCAUUUACAAAUUGCUGAGAGGAAUAUACUACAGGAGAUGAUCAAAAUUGUAAAGAAAAGGGCCGAUAUGCAUGUAAGGGAUAAAAUCUUGGUACUGCUAGACUCUUGGCAAGAAGCAUUUGGUGGGCCAGGAGGAAAAUAUCCUCAGUAUUACUGGGCAUAUGAGGAACUGAGGCGAUCUGGAGAAGUAUUUCCCCAGCGUUCAUCAGAUACACCUCCAAUAUUUACACCACCUGUUACCCAUCCAACUCUAGGAGCUGCUCAAGCAGGUUAUGGAAUGCCUAGCAAUUCUUCAACAAGGCUUGAUGAAGCCAUGGCAGCUGAUAUGGAAAAUUUAAGUUUAUCAAGCAUAGAUUCUAUGAGGAAUGUUCUGGAUCUCUUAAUCGACAUGCUGCAAGCUGUGAAUCCAAGUGACCGUGAGGCUGUUAAAGAUGAAGUAAUAGUUGAUCUUGUUGAACGGUGUCGUGCCAACCAAAAGAAGCUGAUGCAGAUGUUGACUCUAACUAGGGAUGAAGAACUUCUAGCUCAGGGUCUUGAGUUAAAUGAUAGCCUGCAAAGUGUGCUGGCGAAACAUGAUGCUAUAGCUUCUGGUUCCCCCAUGCCAACUCAAGGGACAAAUAUCAACCCCCAAUUGACUCAAGUGCGAGACUCCAGCCUCAAAGCAACAGAAGGUAGAGAAUCCAGCCCAAUAAACUCUAACCCCUCUGCACCAGUUGUUGCUUUGACAAGGGGUAUGCUUGAAGAAGAAGAAGAAGAAGAGGAAGAUGACUUCGCACAGCUAGCACGAAGGCAUUCCAAAACUCAGUCCAUUACCUCGCAAAGCUCAUCUACCGGAACCAGUGAAGGUACCUCAGUGAACACUAGCUUCAGUACAACUUCAUCCACUCCAGCAGCAUCAGUCCCCAUUCCGAGCAAUGCAUUAGCUUUGCCUGAUCCACCUGCACCAGUUAGGACCACUAAAGAGCAAGAUAUGAUAGACCUUUUGAGCAUCACCUUGUCAACAACCACCACCUCUCCUAACACCCCUCACACUCCUGCAGGAUCCACACAGAACGUUCACCAGGCAUCCCCAACCGCACCAGGUUAUCCCUAUGCCUCUCCUACUUACCAUGGAAGCCAGGGGCAGAUACCCCAACCACAACCACAACUCCAACCCCCAACUUAUCGUGGAAGCCAGGGGCAGAUACCCCUUAAUAGUUAUGUUGUUCCAUGGGCUCAGGCUCAGCCCCAGGCUCAGCCCCAGACUCAGCCCCAACUACAGCCCCAGCACCAGCGCCAACCACAGCUCCAACAUCAACCUCAAUAUCCCCAGCAGCAACAACAGCUCCAACAUCAACCUCAAUUUCCCCAGCAGCAACAACAGCUCCAACAUCAACCUCAAUAUCCCCAGUACUCAUCUGCUUACCCUCCUCCACCGUGGGCACCAACACCAGGUUAUUUCAACAGCCAAAAUCAUUUGUCUUCGAAUUCUCACGCAUUCUUGACUCCACAAGCCAACACUACAUCUUAUACACCCAUGCAAGGGGGCAGACCCUUGCAGCACUUGAACUCAUUCCCUGCAAGAGGCAGCGGCAAUAUGUCAGCUAUGAAUGGAGAGGUACAGGUGAGCUCCAGCCCUAGGACCACUGCUCCUACAGCAGGACAGAAGCCCUUUAUUCCUUCAUACAGAUUAUUUGAAGAUCUUAAUGUUCUUGGCAAUUCUGAUGGAAGAUUUAAGAUGACGAGCAAAGCGUCUCCACCCAUAUCAGGAACAUCCAGCCAGAGUAUGGUCGGUGGAGGGAAGUAAGAUCCUUCACGUGUAUGAUACUCUCAUAAAUUGAAUUCCGACAGGAUUGAUGAUACAUGUCAAUAUGAUGUAUAUGAGUGUCUUCCCAUCUCUCUACAUAUUUAGUCUUUUAGAUUGUUAUAGUGGUAGCCUUGCUUCACAGCACCACUCUCUGCAGUGUGUAUCAGCGCUUGCACUAUGAAUAUAUCUGGUCUUCUAAUUGAUGAUGAUAUGUGCCGCUGCAACUCAACCACAUUCUGGAAAUCAAUUUUGUUUGCUUUA